AUGAGAUACAUUUUGCCGCUCUUAGCCAGCGCCGUCCUUGCUCUGGCAGUGCCUCAGAGUCAUUCCAAGCGGGCAUCGUCCUUUGUUUGGUUUGGCACGAGUGAGUCUGGAGCGGAGUUCGGCAAUGGGAACAUUCCGGGUGUAUUGGGAACUGACUACAUCUGGCCGGACACAUCGGCCAUUCAAACGCUCCGCGAUGCGGGUAUGAAUAUUUUUCGAGUGCCGUUCUUGAUGGAGAGAUUGGUUCCCACUACAUUGACCUCAAGUCCGAAUGCGGUCUAUUUGCAAAGCCUGAAAAGUACCGUGGAGUACAUCACUUCUACCGGUGCCUACGCUAUUGUUGACCCACACAACUUUGGGCGAUACUAUGGCAACAUUAUCACCUCUACGAGUGAUUUUGCUGCGUUCUGGACGACAGUGGCAGCGGAGUUUGUCUCGAAUGACAAGGUUAUCUUUGAUACGAACAACGAAUUCAACACCGAGGAUCAAACACUAGUGCUGGAUCUCAAUCAAGCGGCCAUCAAUGCCAUUCGGGCUGCUGGGGCCACCUCACAGUACAUUUUUGUGGAAGGAAACUCGUGGAGUGGUGCCUGGACGUGGACAACAGUCAAUAGUAAUAUGGUCAACUUGACGGACCCCCAGAAAAAAAUUGUCUACGAGAUGCACCAGUAUCUCGACUCGGACGGCUCUGGUACAUCCGACACAUGUGUCAGCUCAACAAUUGGUCAGGAGCGUGUACAGUCGGCGACAGAAUGGCUGCAAAGCAAUGGAAAACUUGGCUUCCUGGGUGAGUUUGCCGGCGGUGCUAACUCAGUCUGUCAGAGCGCCGUGACCGGAAUGUUGAGCUACAUGCAAGACAACAGUGAUGUCUGGCUCGGAGCAUCAUGGUGGGCCGCGGGGCCAUGGUGGAGUACCUAUAUCUUCUCCAUUGAGCCGCCCUCCGGAACCGCCUAUACUUACUACCUUAAUCUCUUGUCUGCCUACUUUCCCUCUAACUCAGGCAGUUCUGGCGGCUCUACAACCACUUCCACUACCACAAGCUCUACAUCGACAGCUACCACUACAGUCAGAACCACAACCACGACCAAAACAACCACUAGUACAGGAUCCACUGCGACUGCAACGGCAUCCCAUUGGGCGCAGUGUGGCGGCGCUAGCUGGACGGGGGCUACAGUGUGUGCCAGCCCGUAUACUUGCCAGGUGCAAAAUGCGUACUAUUCGCAGUGUCUCUAA